AUGAGUGGCAGAGGCAAUCACCGUGGAGGGUUUGCCUCUCAGGGGCCGCCGGCGUUCUCUCACAGCCAGCAGUACAGUGACCCACGACAAUUUUCUCAAUCCCCGCAACCAACCCCCAACUCAUACAACGGAUCCCCAAACCAGUCGCCGUACGGGGCUGGCAGGGGAAGCUGGGGUUCUCAGUUCUCUCCAACACAUCAAUACCCCCCUCAGUAUUCUCAGUCCAACUAUGGACCCCCGACCGGACCGUCGGGUACCUAUACGCCAAACCCAUCUUACUCGCCACCGCCGUCCGCCCCGACAGGACCUAUGCAAACGAAUUAUGCUCAUCCCAAUUUUCGAGGCAAUUUCCGUCCGGGAUCUCGAACUCCUUUCGGGCCGGGCCGCGGCGGCUACAGAGGCAAUAGCUUCAAGAGUACUAGUACUGCGCAGUGGACAUCCAACACCUCAGGCGCCGGUUCUCGGGCCGAUGACAUCAAGUCCCAGCAAUCUACAACACCUGCUCAGAGCAGCAAGUCAGAUGUUGGCGAUAAUGCAGAUGAUGUCGAGAACCCGUUUCGUCCGUCUAAAGACCUGCAGGUCGAAGACACCACACCGUCUGACAAGGCUCCCGAGAGUAAUUCACAACGAACCGAAAAGGCUCCCCCAUCCGGGCCGGCUGCUCAGUCGGCGUCGUCAUCGUCGUCGAAGUUUAGCUUUGCGUUUAAGGCAUCUGCAAAGCCCAUUCCGACGGCGCCCAAGCCUGAGAUUUCUAAAAAGUUCAACGCAGCUCCGGCAAAGCGGGAUAUUUCACAUCAAAAUGACUCCAAGGAGCGGGAUCGGGAACGGGAUCGGGAACGGGAGCGUGACCGAGACCGAGACCGAGGCAGAGACAGAGACAGAGACCGCGAACGUGAUCGCGAACGCGACCAUGAUCGAGAACGCGAUCGAGCCCGGGAGAAGGACAAGCAGAUCGACAAGGACAUUCUUCGGAGUGCCCCGACCGAACCAGCGUCGGCGAGGGCUCGCCAGGAGCCCAGGCAACCUCCUCCGGGGCCCCGACAGGCCGCCGCUCCAAGAACUCGAAAGAUCAAGAAGACGAUGAAGCGGUUGAAGCCAGGGCCGAAACUUGGGGACGACCUCAUCAAUUCUGAAUCUGUCUAUUUCCGCAAGCCUGGCAACGAGUCCGUCGUUGGCUCAGGCACGUACGGCAAAGUCUUCAAAGCCUUACACGUCUACACGAAAGGACUCGUCGCCCUCAAGCGUAUCCGCAUGGAGGGUGAGAGAGACGGGUUCCCCGUCACAGCAGUCCGAGAAAUCAAGCUGCUCCAGUCGCUGCGACAUCCGAACAUUGUUCAGCUCCAGGAAGUUAUGGUGGAAAGGAACGACUGCUUCAUGGUCUUCGAGUACCUCUCACACGACCUGACGGGUAUUUUGAACCAUCCGUCCUUCACGCUUGAUGCGGCUCGGAAGAAGCACAUGACCAUGCAACUUUUCGAUGGACUCGACUAUCUGCACAAGAGAGGUGUUCUACACCGAGACAUCAAGGCUGCCAACAUCCUCGUCAGCAGCGACGGCGUCCUCAAGCUCGCAGAUUUCGGUCUGGCACGCUUCUACGCCAAAAGACACCAGCUAGACUACACCAACCGAGUCAUUACGAUUUGGUAUCGCUCGCCAGAGCUAUUGCUUGGCGAGACACAGUACGGCCCCGCUUGCGAUGUCUGGAGUGCCGCUUGUGUCAUGGUGGAGAUCUUCACCCGCCAUGCCAUCUUCCCCGGUGACGGAAGCGAGAUCAACCAGCUGGACAAGAUCUAUGCCGUGAUGGGAACCCCGAACAAGGCGGAGUGGCCGGGGCUGAUUGACAUGCCGUGGUUCGAACUGCUACGUCCUGGAUACCGACGGGCAAACACUUUCCCCCACAAAUACCAGGACAGGCUGCCGGCAUCUGCUUACCGACUCUUGGCCGCGAUGUUUUCUUACGACCCCGCCAAGAGGCCGUCGGCCGCCGAAGUGCUCGCAGACGCGUACUUUACCACCGAGGACCCGCCUCCGCAACAGGCUGUGGAGCUUGCUGACUUGGACGGCGACUGGCACGAGUUUGAAUCAAAGGCACUCCGACGCGAGAAUGAGCGCAAAGAAAAGGAAGCGCGGCGGGCAGCAGCAUCGGCCAAGGAUAACAACAAGUCCCGGGACCGUAAGAGGGAACCCGAGGCUCACGACGACCGUGGCGACGCUAAGAGGGUCCACGUGGAGACGAAGCCGGUGGCCCCUGUCGAGCGUCCCAGGGCUUAG